CUAUGAUCUUGGUAGAUGUGGUCACUUCCGGCACUGAGCCCCUUGACUUCCUCGCUCCAGUGCCAUUGCUUGCAGAGCAUCUGGCGUACCUCAUCUGGACCAGUGGCACUACUGGUGCUCCGAAAGGAGUGAUGGUGGAGCACACAGCUGCCUUCCACGCCAUGCGAGCUCUUCAGGAUGCCAUCCCGACCAGUGUCGACGAAUCCACCGGCCAAUACUGUCCUCCAAGGGUUCUCAACUUUUGUGCUUACAGCUUCGACGUCUUCGUUCAGGAUCUCUUCUAUACCUGGGGCCUCGGUGGCACUCUUAUCUCAUCCACGCGCGAGAUCAUGUUGGGCAACUUUGUCCAACUGGCUGUGGAGAUGCAGGCCACACAUGCUCAUUUGACGCCGAGUUUUUCGGCUUCAGUACGCCGCCAAGACCUCGGCGAGUCACUGCAAGUGGUCACCAUGAUUGGAGAGAAAUUGACGGAGUCGGUCGCGAACGACUGGAGUUGGCAUACCAAAGCCUUCAACACUUACGGCCCAGCAGAAAAUGCAGUCGUAUCCACACUUCGUCAAUUCGGCAAUUCCAGCGACGACAACGCGAAAGCUGCGAAUGUCGGCUGGUCACUUUCAUCUGUAUCUUCCUUCGUCGUACAUCCGGAUCCUCCUCAUCAUCUGGUACCAUUCUAUGGAGUCGGUGAACUUGCUUUGGGUGGCCACCAACUUGCACGUGGGUACCUCAAUGAUCCAGUCAAGACCCAGAGUCGGUUCGUGUGGUCGAGUGAUCUCCAGCAGCGCAUCUACUUGACAGGAGACAUAGUUCGAAUGGUGGAUCAUGGCAUCGAGUUCCUCGGACGCAACGACGACCUGGUCAAGCUCAAUGGUAUUCGCGUGGAGCUCAGCGAGAUCAGUGCCACGUUGUCACAAACUCACCCGGACAUCGAGCACAUUGAGACGCUGCUGUUGACACACCCCGACAGACCGGUCAAAGCGGUCGUAUCCUUCACUUCCUUGCGCAAUGAUGCUGCCGAUGCACCUCUUGUUGCGUUGGAUAAGCGCGCCUUUUCCGCCCGAGCAGAAAUACUGACCGCGGCUCACCAGCUCUUGCCUGACUACAUGGUACCCUCGUUCUUCAUCCCACUCAAUCGAAUGCCUCGGACAGCCUCAAACAAGGUUGAUCGGAAAGUGCUACAGAAUGAGUACGAAUCACUCGACCUGAGCCAAUUCGACACUUCGUCUUAUUUGCUGUCUACAGCGCCGAAGACUGGAGAUCGAGGUACCAAAGUCCGGACACCUAUUGAGGACAGGGUAGUCAUCAUGUUAUCGGAGCUGUCAGGCCUGGAUCCUUCUGCUAUCACCGAUGGAAUGAGCUUGGCUCGCCUGGGAAUUCAUUCCAUUUCUGCUAUCCGUCUGGCAUGGCGUCUGAAGAAAGAAGCAGACAUCGACGUUGCAAUGGUCACCCUCCUGACAUGCUCCACGAUCGGGCAACUUCUGAGCAAAGUUUCCGAAAGCACAGCGGACAACGCCCACGGUGGCGACAAUCAAGACCAAGCUGCUCAAUGGCUCGACAGCAUCGAGCGGCAGCUAUUCGAUGAGUUCGCUGUCCAAGUCCAAUCUCAAGCCUCUUUGACCGACCAAGUCAUCAACGCCAUUCGUCCCGUAACAACUAUGCAAGAAGGUCUCAUCAUAGAGACGUUGAGAAAUGAUCGAAGCUAUUGGAGUCAUCGAAUGUUCCGACUUCCUGAUGGUGUAGAUACUACUCGGUUGCGAGCGGCGUGGGAGCAAGUUGCCCAGGAUAACGAGAUUCUUCGUACCGGCUUCUUGAUUGCUGCUGAGAUCGACCACAACGCACCGACCUUGCUCAAAAGUCAAGGCAUUCAGAGCGCGGUACUACAGGCCGUCACUUCUCCCGCCGUGGUUCGAUGGUCAGAGGUAGAGUGGGACCCUUCAUCGUACCCUCUGGCUACCAUAGGCGACGAGCUGGCUCGGAGAGCGCGCAAUGAGGCCAGCCCGAUCGCGUCCUCCAAGCUUGUCUCUCCGUGGUCAAUCUCCAUCUUGAGGAACUCCGCGACUCGUGAAGCCGCUUUGAUGAUGCAUAUCCACCAUGCACUGCACGAUGCACAGUCUAUGGACGCCAUUUUUGACGACGUGUUCAACCAUUAUUACCAGCACAGCAGCAGGGUUCCCAGCAGGACCCAAUUCAGUGAUGCCAUCAGGCGAGGCAUAUACUUGAGUCCGGUGCAGACGCAAAAUGCGCAGCAGCAUGUCAGUGAGUUGUAUAGCGGACUGGUUAAGCAGUUCGGACCCGUCACUACAACCAAAUGGCCCGAUAUGACUGGCUCGCGGCAGUUGCAGGAACGCCGAAUCUUGCGCACUACCGUCAUGAUAGGACCAACGAAUGCCAGUGAGACUUGGAAAAGACUCCAAGCUGCAAAGGCAAAGUACGCACUGGGCGCGCCCACACGAAUUGUGUCGGCAGCUUUUGGCUGCGUUGUUGCUGAAUAUCUGGAGAGCAAGUAUAUCGUGCUCGGGGAAACCGUGAGUCAAAGGCUACAUCAUGCUACGCUGCAGUCGGUCUUGGGGCCUCUAGUGGCCACAGUCCCUACCGCAGUACGCAUCGACCUUUCGGCGUCCGAGACGUUGUCGAAUGCCACUUCAACGACAACUGUGGCGGGCGGAGCAUUACACCACGUGCAUCCUGCUACACUGCGCAAUACACUAGGCAUCACCAGCGACCAGCCACUUUAUCCCGCUCUGAUUGUCUUUCACCCCCAUGUUGACGAGGAGUUCGACGAAAAGCAAAGUUCUGCAUUCUGGGACGAGAUGGACGACAUCGUUGGCCUCUGCGUAGAGCAUCCCCUCGCUCUGAACAUCUUCGAAGAGGAAGCUGGUCUUCGCGUGGAACUGAGUGGCGAUAACCAAGCUAUGUCGCAACACCAGUUAGACAUGCUGAUCGCCCAAGUGAUGUCUCAGCUGGAGCUGAUGCUGGCACAACCUGAUGUUCCACUGGAAGAGCUCAACAACGUUCUGCCCCCGUCGCUGCUUUCUGUGACGCCUGCGACAAAGGUUUCGAUGCGUCAUCUCGACGAGCUCGUUCAAAAAGAGGACUGGGCGAAUAUAGCAGUGCCAACCAUCAACCCCGUGGCUUGGGUCGAGUACCAUGCUCGUCAUCAUCCAGAGUGGAUUGCCGCUGAGGAAAUUCUCGAUGUUGAUGAGCCUGAGCAGACUCGUAGAUGGACAUACUCGCAGUUGCUAAGCGCCACUUCCCGAGUACUUGCAACACUUCAAAAGCGUGGCAUUGCCAGAGGCUCGGUGGUAUCCAUUCACCUGGGCCGCACAUUGGAGUCGUUUGCCGCGAUUCUUGCACUGUUUCGCGGCGGUUACAUAUACCUCCCUCUUGACGAGGAGUUGCCUGCAGAACGUACACGCUUGCUGACAGUCGAUGCUGGCGCAAGGGCUUUCAUCACAACACAAGAUUUGUUGAACGAGCUGAUGGAUGAAAAGCAAAUGUCCUGGCGUGGGAACAUCGAUCUGGUGAUGUUGGAGGACAUUUCCCACAUUGUCGAUGCCACGCCAAGCCUGCCUGAAUACACUUCAGCGAGCCAUUCUACUGACGAUGGCUAUAUUCUCUUCACAUCAGGCUCCACAGGCAAGCCAAAAGGCGUGCGAGUCACCAACUCCAAUCUUUGCAACUUCAUUGAAUGUCUUGCCCGUCAAAUCUUGGACAAUUCACCAGAGACGAAGCAUCUCGGUGGCGUCGGAAAGUACCUGAACCUGGCAAGUCGCGCCUUUGACCCCCAUUUGACGCACAUGUUCAUGGCCUGGCGUCUCGGUCUGGCAGCAACCAUCGGGCCACGCAUGAUGAUGCUGGGGAAUCUGGAGAGCGUGAUUGUUCAGAAUUCCAUUACACAUUUCGGCACAGUGCCAAGUGUCCUGCAGCAAGCACGAUUGAGCCCGGAGCGUGUGCCUUCUGUCGUGUUCGUGACCGUAGGCGGGGAGAAGGUCUCCAACGAUGUCCUUGCUAUGUGGACAGAAGGCGACGAGUCUGAGAGGCCGCGACCUCUGAUGAUGAAUGUCUACGGUCCCACCGAAUGCACGAUUGGCUGCGUUAGCAAUAUCGUCACCCGGAGCUCCAAUGCGCGAAAUAUAGGCCAAGUGUUUGAUUGUGCAACGGCGAUUGUUCUUGCUACCCAGACCUCUGGAGCAGAGGGUGAGCCAAUCAUCGCUAAACGAGGUCAGACCGGCGAGCUUUGCAUUGCUGGCGAUCUAGUAUCACUAGGCUAUAUGGAUCGGCCAGAGGCUCAGGCCAAGGCAUUCGCUACCAUGGACUUGCUUCCCGCCGCCGCCGAGGACGGCUCUAGGCAAACGAUGCGGUACUACAGAACAGGAGACUUGGUCAGAAUGAUGUCCGACGGCUGUAUUGAGUACCUGGGGCGAUCGGAUCAGCAGGCCAAGGUCAAUGGACAACGUCUGGAGCUCGGCGAGGUUGAACACUUCUUGCGUCGCACAGCCAAAGAGCUGCAUCUCGAUGUGGAAUUUGCUGCUGCGGUCAUUCAGCAUCCUGACUUGCCACGACCACGGCUGUAUGCGUUCAUUGCAAGUCUCAGCACGGAAGAUCCUGCAGCAUCUGAACAGAACCUGGGUGCUGUUGCUUCAGAUCCAGAAAUAUUGGCACAACUCUCCGACGCUUGCUCCAAGUCACUGCCGGCGUUCAUGGUGCCCGACUUGGUCUGGAUCAAUCGGAUUCCAUUCAUGAAAGCGUCAGGCAAGGUUGACGCCAAGCAAUUGAAUGCACUGGUGAGAAGUCUACCUCUGUCCAAGUUACAUCAGGAUCACGACGACUCUGGCCAGCAGGAGGCGUCCCAAGCACUGACCGAGGACGAAGAAAUUGUAGUCAAAGCGAUCGAAGGGAUCGUGGGAAGCUCCAUUGGUCGACCAGAGGCAAAUCGAAGCAUCUUCGAGCUCGGUGUCGACAGCUUGUCCGCGGUACAUCUAUCAGCGAGGCUCAAGCAGCUCGGUCUACAGACCCCCGCUGCCCACAACGACCUCGCCACUGCUAUACGUCAAGCUGAAGAGCGACUUGAUCUCUUCGAUCGGGCGCACCGCCAUAACUUAGUCGGCGAUGCUGACCAUUCAGUGGAUCAUGUACUUCCCACGAUGCCACUACAGAGUGCUCUACUAGCGCGCUCAAUGGCGCAAAUUGAGGAUGAUGAGGAUGCUUCUAAUGGCGUGUUGUAUGUCUCGCACUUCCGUUACUCACUCGCACACUCUACAGAUCUUCAACGCUUUAUUGGAGCUGUUGAGCGUGUUCUCCAAGAAGAAAAGAUGCUACGAACCUGCUUCCGUCAGACCACUACGGGAGCGAUUGCGCAGGUUGUCCUCUCGCAAAGCCCUGUGAGCGAUUUGGUCAUUCCGGUUCAAAGCUCGUGGGAGUCGUGGCUGGCCUCGCACUCCCCGAACACCAUUGCUCAUGCGCUCGUGAGAGAUGUCGCACGUCUACCGCCUGUCCGAGUACACAUCUUCGAGGGACAGUCCGGGGAAGUUCUGCUUUCCAUGCAUCAUUCGCUCUUUGAUGGCGAUGCGAUCAAGCAGAUACGCUUGCGCAUUCAGGAACUGUAUAACGGGGAGGUCUGCCAGGAGACAAGCGCGGCGGGAUUGGUGCAGCUUGUCACGCAAUUCGAAGCCACCGAUUUGCAAGCUUCCCAGGCUUUCUGGGAGAGAAACCUUCUCCACGCCGAGCCUUGCCUCGUUGUGGACGAUGAUAUCGCUUCGUCAAGCAAAGAAACGGACUCGACUUGUCGCUCAACAAAACGUCUCUUAUUGCCUUUGGCUCAGCUUCGUUCAGCAGCUCAGGCCAAUAACACAUCACUCAAUGCGAUUUUCCAGACGACAUUUGCAUUGCUCCUUUCUGAGCUGCAUCCGUUGCGGUCAGAAGUGGUCUUCGGCUGUGUGCUCUCCCUCCGUCCAUUACUGUCUUCUGAUAUCCACGGCACCGCCCAACUGAUUGCGCCUCUGCUGAACACACUGCCGCAGCGCGUUCAACUUUCGCUUGCCGCGCAGAACGGUGGUCCAUUGCGACAUCUGGGUCAAGCUGUCCGGGAAAACCUUUCAGAGACCAUGCAGCACGCAUUCGUCCCUCUCGACCGCAUCUUGAAAUGGUGUCAGCUAGAUCAAGCACUCUUUGAUGCCAUCAUAAGCGUGAACUUCCACACAAAUCAACAUGAUAGCGAGUCAGGCACAGGUCCUGGUGCUCAACCAGGCUCCAUGAUCCUGAUGGACACCCUGAGUGUUGCCAACAUCCCCUUUGCGGCCGACGUUAACGUUCACGAUGACCCUCUCGGUAACAGCUACGUCGAGAUCGAGCUUUCUUCAAGCGCGGCACAAUUCGAUGUUGAUAGACUGUCUGGGCUCGCCAAGCGCUUUGACGAGCUUUGCACCACCUUGGUUGAGAGCCCACAAAUGCCCUUGACCAGCCUUCUGCCUUCACUUCCCACGACUGUUGGGCCUGCGGCUCUUUCCGAUAGCAGAGACCACGAAAUGCAUGAUUCGAGCCCCUGGUCCGCAGAAGAGGAGCUAGUCCGUGACGUGAUAUGCGAACUGUUGAACAUUCCAGCAGAAAGCCUUGGCAAGCAGCAGUCCUUCUACCGCCUCGGUAUGGACUCAAUACUGGUCCUGCGCAUGGUGAAGCUCCUCCGAGAAAGGACUGGAGUGAAGCUGAGCCCGCUAGCGGUCCUCCGAGCACGCUGUGCCGCGUCGGUGGCGCAACUCAUCAGUGCUGCCGAGAUAGCACAAUCCAGUGAUUCGGCGUUGAAGCAGCAGCAGGAGUUGGACGACUAUACCCGCACUCUCCAAACUCUCUCGGGUACUGUGGCUGGAGACUUUGGGGUCGAGAGCACAUUCUUCGCUACACCUAUACAACAAGGAAUGCUCAGCGCAGGGCUCUCAAGUACGGACUCCACUAAUCAUCUUGUAUCACCGUACAUAUAUCGGCAUACCUUCGAAGUGGAUAAUCGCUCUACCUUUGAUGUCGGAGCAUUUCAACAAGCAUGGAAACGCACUGUCGUGGAGACUGAGAUACUUCGCACUACCUUCCACUUCACGGACAACAAGAGCCAGCCCUGGCUGGGUGUGGUGCGGCGCCUUCAAGAUAACGAGGCUGGUGUUGUGCGAGUAUUCUCAUCCAGCCGCGAGGCAGCCUGUGCCCCUUUCGACAUCGAUGUCUCCACUUGUCUUGCGCAUUGUGCACUGGUGAUGCCACCGUCGAUGUCCGAGCCCAUCAUGGUGGUGUUCACGAUGCAUCAUGCAAUCUACGAUGGAGCUUCGCUACCUUUGCUUUGGAGGACGUUCAUUGACAUCUAUCGCGCUGUCUCAGAGGGGCGGACCUUCGCGACGCUGCCGCAGAUUUCGUUCUCCUCUGUGGCGAGACAGGUUGCUGUGCAGCAAUCAUCUGCAGUCAAGUACUGGGUCAAGAACCUGAAUGGCUACACUUAUGAACCGCUGGGGCCAAGGAUCGUGGACGACAGAGAACAAGAGGCCAGCAACAAGAUCAAUAGGUUCCGCUCUUUUGCUCAUAUACCUCUUGAACAGUACGAGAACGUCAAGCGCCGCUGUCAGGAGCUUGGCGUCACUGUGCAAAGUGCACUUGUGCUCGCAUGGAGCAAAGUUCUGGCUCACGACAUUCUCGGACAGUCAGACGUUGCUUUUGGCCAGGUACUCAAUGGCCAAUUCCUCGCACUGGGUGGCGAGGAAGCAGACCACCAACAGGUCACAGGCGACUAUGUCAUUGGACCAACGUUCAACACUGUUGCAAUGCGCGUGGCUCUUGACCCAGCUCUGUCAAAUCGCCAGGCUCUCGAAAAGAUCCAGAAACUGUCCGAGGAAGCGCAACAUCAUCAGGUGGCCUCUCUACGAACAGUACAAAACGAAUGGCGUUCUUCGACCUCGGCUGGACACGCUUCCAAUCUAUUCGAGUCCCUUUUCCUAUUCAAUGGUGAAAAUACGAGCCUUGGUAGUCAACCAGCGUCGCAGCAACCAUUCUGGAAGCCUUCGAAGCUGAAAGGGGAGGGUGACGAAGAUGGAUUUGCUGAAUAUCCUGUGGUGUGCAAUUUGUCCAUUUCACAGGCUGGCCUGCAUGUGCAAGUCAGUGCCGCAUCUGACAGAUUUGACAAUGCCGCUGCAGGGCGGCUGUCAGCGAGCUUCAUCAAAGCACUGAUACAACAAAUGAAAGACGUCGAUAUGCCCAGUAUUGCCUCGGGAAUGGCGCUCCAAAAGGCAGGCUCGACUGGUACAACGGAAAGGCUCGACAGCAAUGAUGGUCUCACCCCAGAAGACCAGGCACUAUACCAAACCGUGCUCGAUGCUGUCCACGAUGUACUUCGGAUCGCAGAAGACAAAGGAAGCAGCCCAGGCGUGGAUGCACACACCAACCUCUUCCGAGUCGGACUUGAUUCGAUUCUUGCGAUCCGCCUAUCUUCCAAACUACGGCGUACAGACGUGGCUCUCACUGUCAACGAAAUCAUGCAGGGCAAGACGGUGGCAGCCAUGGUAGCUCACAAGUGCCAAACAGCCGCCAAAAAGGACAAGCAAAGUGCACUGAUUGGUCAGGCACAGGACUUCGCCUCGCCUUUGAGUAGAGACCAACAAUUAGCAGUUACGGCCGAGCUGGGCUGGGCACCAGACGAAGUCGAGAGUGUGCUCCCUUGCCUUGCUGGCCAAGAGCACCAUCUCGAAUACUGGAUGUUUGCUGGUCGCCGGUUCUUCGAAGCGCCAUGGAUAUAUAAGCUCAGACUGCCCGUAUCCGUAUCAGACGUGCAAAGGGCAUGGGAUGCGCUCAGGAGACGCCACGCUAUCCUUCGUAGCACUUUUGUUGCACACGAGGUCCAUGAGAAAAGUCAACCGAGCGUCGUGCAAGUGACGAGAACUGCCCACUAUGUUGACGGGGCUCGCGAUGGAACGUUUACGGUCCUUUAUCACAGCGGAUCAGCUACUCUGGAUGACAUGAUAGAGCAGCAUCUGUUGGAGACGAACGACAAGUCUAGCGAUCUGAGAUCGCCACCAGUGCAGAUGACACUCGUUCAAACAUGCUCCGGCGAGGCUGCUAUCAUCAUGCGGUUCCAUCACGCCAUGUACGACGCUUGGAGUAUCCGCAUGCUCUUACGUGAACUCGAUCAACUGGUCCAAAGUGAUGGACCUCUUCACAAGCCUGUGCAGUUUGCCGGUGCGGUAAAAGACAUCUUCGGGCAACGAAAUCUUCACAACGAGCACGUGUCUUGGUCGCAAGCACUCGGAAGUGCUCAGACGUCCAUUUUAUCGCCCUCCGAAAAGGCAGACAAUGCACACACUGGACCACUGGGCCCUCAACACCUCGUUCGACUCCCGUCAGUGGUUUCCGCUGCGACACUUCGCAGUCUCGAGACUCUCUCCCAGACCAAGGCCAACUCUUCAUUGAGUCCCGCAAUCUUGUUCGCAUUCGCCCAGGCUGUCGCGGAAAAUCUGGACGCGCCAUGUUCAUCACCCACGUUUGGAUUCUACCAUGCUUCGCGCUCCCUCGGAUCGCUCGAUCUGACACAAGUGGUCAUGCCCACGCUGACCCUGACGCCUCUCUCUGUCCAAGUCGGUUCUAUGGAAGAUUCCAAUAACGACUCUGCUGCUGCUGCUACAGCUGUGAUGGAUGCUAUACAAGGCGUGCAAAACUACCUCAGCCAAUUAAGCCAACAUGGUCAAGCAUCCAUGCAUGACAUUCUGAAACAUAUCAACAGACCUGAUGAGGAAGGGCCCCUGUUCAACUCUUACAUCAACCUCCUCUAUCGCGACAGCAGCAGCAGCAGCAGCGAAGAAGAAGAAAAAGCAACAGUAACAGCACCCCUGACCGUCCUCGAAAAAUUCAAACCUUCACGCAACACCUACUUUACCGAAUCGCAGCCCACAGAAAUGGGGGAGGAGACAUUGCCCCAUCUACAAGGUCUGAACACUGCACAUAUUGCUCCUUUGCGAAUCUUUGUGGAUGUGGUGAUUGAUCGAUCUGGUGAGGGGGUUUCCUUGGGGAUUCGAUGUGAUUGUGGGUUAUAUGAUGUGGAGUCUGUACGGCGAUUUGCGCAGAGCUUUGUCGAGGGGAUUUUGAGGCUGGAGAGAAUGUUGUUGGCACUACCGUAGGCUCUGAUGCGGGGGUGGUGGUGGGACGAAGGGGAUGGGUGUGUGUGUGUGUGAGUGAGAAGCAAUGGAAGAUGCAGAAGGGUAUGAAAGAUAUAUACACAGAGUAAAGGAAG